UUCCCAUCUGCUUGCAAGUAUUGAUCGUGUGGAUCCGAACCAUUUGCAAGGGAUUUUCACUGUUCGCUAGCAGGACGAGCUGAGCGCUAAGAACAUGAAGCCAAAAGAGAUUUUUCUUUUUCUCCUCAUCGCGCUCUUGGGCCUCCAUGAGCACCGUUGCUUUGAGUUUGUCAUCGACGGAGAAUGGGAGGACGAGUCAGAUCUUCUCAAUCACGGUGACAGACACAAGAGAGCCAUCUUGACCAGCGAGGAACAGGAAGACUUUGAGGCCAUCCGCGGAGAUGACAUCACCGUCAAGAGCUACAAGGUGGAGAGUCGGAUCACGUCGCGGUUCGCCCACACCACCGUCCGGAGCUCGGUGGUCAACUCGGGCUCCAAAGCCCAAACCAUCGGCUUCAACGUGCAGAUCCCCAAACGAGCCUUCAUUACCAACUUCACCAUGAACGUCAACGGCAUCGUCUUCACGGGCUCGGUGAAGGAGAAGACGGUGGCCAGGAAUCUGUACGCUCAGGCACGAGCCAAAGGGAAGGCCGCGGGCAUCGUCAGAUCAAACUCCCAGGAGAUGGAGACCUUCAAGACGGAGGUGUACGUCCCUCCCGGAAGCAACAUCGAGUUUGAGCUGCAUUACCAGGAGAUGUUGGAGAGGAAGCUGGGAUUCUACCAGCACUCGCUGCACCUGCAGCCCGGGAGACUGGUGCCUCAGUUGCAGGUGGACGUUUACAUCUUUGAGCCCAAGGGAAUCGCCACGCUGGAAACGUCAAACAACUUUGGGGACAAGUUUGCCGAGCUGAUCGCAGUGACGCAGUCCCCACAGAAGGCCCACGUGGUCUUCAAGCCCAACUUGAACCAGCAGAGGAAGUGCGACAACUGCACGCAAAGCGCCAUCGACGGCACCCUGAAUGUCAAAUAUGACGUCAAGCGGGACAGCAACGCCGGCGAGCUGCAGGUCUCGGACGGCCACUUUGUCCACUUCUUCGCACCUUCCAACAUGUCUCCGCUCCCCAAGAACAUUGUGUUUGUCAUCGACGUCAGCGGGUCCAUGUGGGGGGUCAAAAUGAAACAGACGGUGGAGGCCAUGCAGGCCAUCUUGGACGACCUCACGGUAGAGGACCAGUUCAGUGUCAUCGACUUCAACCACAACGUGCGAUGCUGGAACGAAGACUUGGUCCCGGGAUCCUCCGUACAAAUCUCAGACGCCAAGCGAUACGUCCAGAACAUUAAACCGGUCGGAGGCACCAACAUUAACGAAGCGCUGAUGAAAGCGGUGCAGAUGCUCGUGAGGGCAUCUAAUCAGGGGCUCAUCGAUCCUCGAUCGGUCUCCAUGAUCAUCCUGGUGUCGGACGGAGACCCGACAGUGGGCGAGAUCAAGCUGAGCACCAUCCAGAAGAACGUGAAGAAGGCGAUGAGGGACGACUUCUCCUUGUUCUCCUUGGGCAUCGGCUUUGACGUGGAUUACGAUUUCUUGGAGCGCAUCGCCAUGGACAACCGCGGCAUCGCCCAGCGCAUCUUCGCUAACCACGACGCAGCCGAGCAGCUCAGGAACUUCUACAGCCAGGUAUCCAAUCCUCUUCUGCGGAAGAUCACCGUCCAGUUCCCGGAGGACUCCGUGUCUGACGUCACGCAGAACCAGUUCGACAAAUUCUUUGGGGGCUCCGAGCUGGUGGUGGCCGGCAAGGUGCAACCGUUGGAGGGUGACACCUUGACCAGCUUCACCACCGCAUCGGGUGCCCUGCUGGACAUCACCUUGGAAACGGAGGUAGACACUUCCAAGCUGGACAUGGAGCUGGCCAAGCAGCAACACUCCUUCACGGGCUUCGCCAGGCAGCUGUGGGCUUACAUCACCAUCAAACAGAUGAUCAGCGAGAGGUCUUUGGCGCCAAGCGCCGCCAAGAAGAGAAAGAUCACCCAGCGCAUCCUGGCGCUGGCCAUGGAGCAUCAGUUUGUCACACCGCUCACGGCGCUGCUGGUGGAGAGCGAGGACAGCAAGGAGAGGCUGCUGGCCGACUCCCCGAAGGACCCCAAGCAAGGCUGCUGCUCAGGGAGCGGAUUGGGAGGAGGUUCCAGGACUUUGCCUCCGGUGAAGGUCGUCUACCAACCUCCGCCUUGGGUCCAGAUGACCACGCCGGCCCCGCCCAGCCAUGUGGAAAAAGGCCCGGAGGAGUGGACCAUGUUAAAGACGGUCAACUUAGUGGACAACGACCCUCACUUCAUCGUGCACCUGCCUCAAAGCAACAUGGACGUCUGCUUCAACAUCGACUCCGAGCCCGGUCACAUCCUCAACCUGGUGACCGACAGAGGCGCGGGCCUGGCGGUCAACGGACAGUUGAUCGGCAACAAAAUGGCGCACGACGGAAAGCGGAGAACCUACUUCGGGGUCAUCUCCGUCUACUACCAGCCGGACGGCAUCGGCGUCGCCGUCAGCGCCGACGACAUCGCCUUCACCGAUGGCAAGAACAACCACAGCUUCACCUGGGGCGCCACGGCCGACAUCAUCCAAAACGGGGUGAGGAUCUCCAUCGUGAAGGACGCGCAGGUCACCGUCACCAUCAACCAGAGCAUCAAGGUGACGGUUCUUCUCCACCGCGUGUGGAAGAAGCACCCUUUCAACGUGGACUUCCUGGGUCUCUACCUCCCCAAUGACAACCAGUACUCGCCACUGGUCCACGGCCUCAUAGGUCAGUUCUCCCAAGAGCCUGAUGUGACCAUUUAUGACAUCCGCGAUGGCGCCGACCCCCAAAAGAAGGAGGCCACCAUGGAGGUGAAGGGCAACAAGCUGCAAGUCACCAGGGGCUGGCAGAAGGACUACAGACGCGACAAGCGACGCGGCUCCGACGUCUACUGCUGGUUCGUGCACAACAGCGGAAAAGGAUUCAUCGACGGCCACUACAGCGCCUACAUCGUCCCUGACCUCGACAGCUUCCUCUCCAUGGAAUAGGAGAGUCCUCAACAACAGGAGAAAAAGAAAAGAGAAAAAAUAGGACUUUUUUUUUCCCACCAAUGUCUUAUUUGCGAGUUCAUUAAUCCCAAAGUUGAAAUAAUGAUUGGUCACGUUGAAUUGAUAGAAAACGUAUCAUCAAAGCAAUCUGCCGGUUUGAAAAAAAGAAAAAGCCAGAUGAAAAAAUAUUGCAACUCUGACGUAGUAGAUUAGAGAAGGAGAAAAAAGUUUGCUCAAGCCAGUUUGGAGAAGUCCUCAUAGGCGACAUCCACGCGCGUUCCCUUUUGUGGACCCUAAGGACGACAAGACACGGUUUUACUUUCUGGGUCGCCGUAGCAACGAC